AGUGGCGCUCGCUCGGACAGGGGUGAUUUUCGUGAGGCACCUUUCACCGAUUGCUAAUUAGCAGCAGGGAGCAGAAAAAGAACUCUUGCGUGUUGCGUGAAACACUAAAUUCUAUGCACACCUUCACACACACACACAAACACAUACGAAUGCCAUAUGCAGUGAAGCACAGCCAGCCGCAGAAACACCGAACCGUUAGGAAUUGUGCGAACGACCACCAUCACCGAUCACCUGGAGAAACCACGUACGGUGCCCGCACGUGCACACAGCUGCUGCAGCACACAUCCUCCUCCAGCUCUAGCUUCGUUGGUGUUGUGACAGUGUGCGCUCACCGACGGGAUGGUGUGUGCGUGUGUGCCUGUGCACGGGUUUAGUGUCGUGUUUGUGUAGCUGUUUGUGUAUGUGUGCGUGUGCGUUGUGGUGUGCGCCCGUGAAUCUCUUCCGCCAAUUGAUUUUCCGCGCAGCAGGGCCUUUGCUCGACCCUCCCUCCGGAAGUGGAUUCGACUGCUGGUGGCUUUUCAUUUUACGACCGGGCCAAUUAUAGAUAGUAUUAUAUAUAAUAACGUGCAACGGGGGAAAACACGGUGUGAAAAUAUCUCACGUCACUACCACCGGAGGUUGUGGUAACUGGGUGUGCUGUGUAUGUGCCGCCGGUUUGCUAUUAUCUCGUGCUGCUGGAAGUAAUUGUGUGUUAAGGUGUGUACUACUACUACUACUACUACUGCUGCUUGCCCGUUUUGGAGAUCCAGUGCCGGACCGAAAGGGCGGAAGUUUGUUGUUGUUAGAAGUCGGAUGUAUUGUGGGGAAUAAGUUCGUAAACUUCAGAAGCAAAAUUGAGAUCUGCCCGCACAAUCGUCGCUUUAACUACUAUUAUUACUAAUGAAUUCUAGUAUAAGAUAACACAUCGUGCCACUACAUCGAGACAGGACGGUGACAGUAUCUCGAUCGAUCCAAAACGGAAGCGAUUCGAUCGACGUGAAGCUGCGUGUGAUCGCAACAGAAGUAGACCGUGCCAUGUCGCUGCAUCCAUUGCGCCCAUAAUUACGGUGUGCGACAUUGGGUGGUCCGACGGCACCAUUGGACUCGCCACACAGCACCGCCCGGGGAACGCCUCACCGACCCGAAACGCACUCCCGAUUGGUGGCGGGUUUGGCGGACGAGGAUGCAGAUGCUGCACGAUAUGAUGACGUUGCUGACGACAGUGCUAGCACGCCAUAGCUUCUGGUGACAGCAGCUCCUUCGCACGCCCAGAUAUCAUCAACACGACGACGGGUCCUUCAUUGGCGGCUGGUGGUGUCCAGCAGCAGCGACCGCGCGUUGUGCUCCAGCCGUGUGUCGGUAACCGGAACCAAACUGUGUUUGUGUGUGUGUGUGUGUGUGUGCGCGCAUAAGUGUCCGUGAAAUAUUUCGCUUGAACAAAUAGUAGCAGCAGAAGUGGUGCAUAUGUGUGUGUGUAUGCUGUACACGAUACUACACGUUGUGCGUGAGGUUCGGUUUGUGUGAUUGAUUUCAUUUGAGUUGUGUGUCCAGUUGUUAGGGUCGAGUGAAUCGAAAGUGAGAGCUGUCUAGCGGGGGUGAAACUAAAACAUACACACACAUACGGAAAGAGACCGGAGUGGUUGGCGGUUUUUGAUAGAAUAUUUAAUACCAAAGGCCUAGCCCCUAACGACGACGGCUCGUGAUUGCUCAGGCGUGCACGUGGUAUAACUUAGCAUAAAUCGUCAACAGUGGCGGUGUGUUUGCGAAGAGGGUGAGCAUAAGAAGCAGUAGAACGCAGCGUAAGGUAUAUAACAUACCCCCGGCAAGAUGGCGACUAUCGAUGGACGACCGGCCCAGUACCAGAUCACGCAGAAGAAUCUGCGAGAGAUCAUGGAGCACCGGGGCCGGGAAGCGGUAGCAAAGGUGAACGAGUACGGCGGCGUGGGGGACAUCUGCCGCAAGCUGUACACCUCUCCGAACGAGGGGCUGAGCGGAUCGACAGCCGACAUUGACCAUCGGCGGGAAACGUUCGGCUCGAACGUGAUCCCGCCGAAACCGCCCAAAUCCUUCCUGACGCUCGUCUGGGAGGCGCUGCAGGACGUGACGCUGAUCAUCCUGGAAAUUGCGGCCAUCAUUUCGCUCCUGCUGUCGUUCUACCAGCCCGCGGACGACGACGAACCGGUGGUGCAGGACGAGGAGGAACAUUACUCGUGGAUCGAAGGUCUGGCCAUCCUCGUGUCGGUGUUUGUGGUGGUCGUCGUGACGGCAUUCAACGACUACUCGAAGGAGAAACAGUUCCGUGGUCUGCAGUCCCGCAUCGAGGGCGAGCACAAGUUCUCGGUCAUUCGCGGUGGCGACGCGGUCCAGGUGAACAUUGGCGACAUCGUGGUGGGUGACAUCUGCCAGAUCAAGUACGGUGAUUUGCUGCCGGCCGACGGUAUUCUGAUUCAGAGCAACGAUCUGAAGGUGGACGAAUCGUCGCUGACCGGUGAGUCGGACCACGUGAAGAAGAACGAGUCGACCGACCCGAUCGUGCUGUCCGGCACGCACGUAAUGGAGGGCAGCGGCAAGAUGGUGGUGACGGCGGUCGGCGUAAACUCGCAGGCCGGCAUCAUCUUCACACUGCUCGGUGCGGCCGUCGAUGAGCACGAGGCCGCCGCCAAGCAGAAGAAGAAGGAGGCGAAGAAGGCGAAGAAGGCGGCCGGUGCAAAGGACGAAAUCACCAACAACAGCCACGGUCAUCCGCAGGGCAUCCGCAGCCAGACGACGGUCGACUCCAUCACCUCGGACGAUGGUGGCGACGAGGGCAGCAAGAGCGGCGGCGGCGGCGAAGGUGGCGGCCACGGCGGCAAGGAAAAGUCGGUGCUGCAGGCCAAGCUGACCAAGCUGGCCAUCCAGAUCGGGUACGCCGGUUCGACGAUUGCCGUGCUGACGGUGAUCAUCCUCAUCAUCCAGUUCUGCAUCCAGACGUUCGUAAUCGAACAGAAGCAGUGGCGCAACUCGUACGCGAACAAUCUGGUGAAGCACUUCAUUAUCGGUGUGACGGUGCUGGUCGUGGCCGUGCCGGAGGGUCUCCCGCUGGCCGUCACCCUGUCGCUCGCCUACUCGGUGAAGAAGAUGAUGAAGGACAACAACCUGGUGCGGCACUUGGACGCGUGCGAAACGAUGGGUAACGCGACGGCGAUCUGCUCCGACAAGACGGGCACGCUCACCACCAACCGGAUGACGGUGGUGCAGUCGUACAUCUGCGAGAAGCUGUGCCUGGUAACGCCCCGGUUCUCGGACAUACCGCGCGUGGUCGGCGAAGCGAUCGUCGAUGGCAUUGCGCUCAAUUCGGCGUAUACGUCCGGCCUGAUGCCCGGGCAGAAUCCGGGCGAUCCGCUGCAGCAGGUCGGCAACAAGACCGAGUGCGCGCUGCUCGGCUUCGUGAACGGGCUCGGCCGCAACUACCAGACGAUCCGGGACGCCAACCCGGAGGACUCGUUCACGCGCGUGUACACGUUCAACUCGGUGCGCAAAUCGAUGAGCACGGUCGUGCCGAAGCCGAACGGCGGCGGCUACCGCGUCUUCAGCAAGGGCGCCUCGGAGAUCAUACUGAAGAAAUGUGCCUUCAUCUACGGGCAGGACGGGGUGCUAGAAAAGUUCACCCGCGAUAUGCAGGAGCGCCUGCUGCACCAGGUAAUCGAGCCGAUGGCGUGCGACGGGCUGCGCACAAUCUGCAUCGCGUUCCGCGACUUCGUGCCCGGCAAGCCGAACAUCAACGAGGUGCACUACGACGGCGAGCCUAACUGGGACGACGAGGAGAACAUCAUCAGCAAUCUGACGUGCCUGUGCGUGGUCGGCAUCGAGGAUCCGGUGCGGCCGGAGGUGCCGGAAGCCAUCCGCAAGUGCCAGCGGGCCGGCAUCACGGUACGCAUGGUGACGGGCGACAACAUCAACACGGCGCGCUCGAUCGCGACCAAGUGCGGCAUCCUGCGGCCACAGGACGACUUCCUGAUCCUGGAGGGCAAGGAGUUUAACCGGCGCAUCCGCGACAGCAACGGCGACAUACAGCAGCACCUGCUGGACAAGGUGUGGCCGAAGCUGCGUGUGCUGGCCCGCUCGUCGCCCACGGACAAGUACAACCUGGUGAAGGGUAUCAUCGACAGCAAGGUGUCGGCGAGCCGCGAGGUGGUGGCCGUCACCGGCGACGGUACGAACGAUGGGCCCGCGCUCAAGAAGGCGGACGUCGGGUUCGCGAUGGGCAUUGCCGGUACCGACGUGGCGAAGGAAGCCUCGGACAUCAUCCUGACCGACGACAACUUUAGCAGCAUCGUGAAGGCGGUUAUGUGGGGCCGCAACGUGUACGACUCGAUCGCCAAGUUCCUCCAGUUCCAGCUGACCGUCAACGUGGUGGCGGUCAUUGUUGCGUUCAUCGGUGCCUGUGCCGUGCAGGACUCGCCGCUGAAGGCGGUCCAGAUGCUGUGGAUGAACCUGAUCAUGGACACGCUCGCGUCGCUCGCCCUCGCGACGGAGAUGCCGACGCCGGACCUGCUGCUGCGAAAGCCGUACGGCCGCACCAAGCCGCUGAUCUCGCGAACGAUGAUGAAGAACAUCCUCGGCCAGGCGGUCUACCAGCUGGUGAUCGUGUUCGGGCUGCUGUUCGUCGGCGACUGGUUCCUGGAUAUUGAGUCCGGUCGUGGCCAGCCGCUCAAUUCGGAGGCGACGCAGCACUUCACCAUCAUCUUCAACGUGUUCGUCUUCAUGACGCUGUUCAACGAGCUGAACGCGCGCAAGAUCCACGGCCAGCGGAACAUCUUCCAGGGCCUGUUUACCAAUCCGAUCUUCUACUCCAUCUGGAUCAUAACGCUCGUCUCGCAGGUAUUCAUCAUCCAGUUUGGCAAGGUGGCGUUCUCCACCAAAGCGCUGAACAUGGAGCAGUGGCUCUGGAGCGUGUUCUUCGGGCUCGGCACACUGAUCUGGGGCCAGAUCGUGACGAGCAUUCCGACGCGCAAGAUGCCGAAAAAGAUGGCGUGGGGUCGCGGACACCCGGAGUCCGAGUACACCGAGGCGAUCCGGCUCGGCGAGGAGCGCUACGAAACGAUGGACAAUGACAAGAAACCCCGUGCAGGUCAGAUAUUAUGGAUCCGCGGCCUUACCCGGCUGCAGACCCAGCUUCGUGUUGUACGUGCAUUUCGAUCCACAUUAGAAGAUUUAGAGGAACGCCGUUCCAUUCAUAGCUUACAUAGUCUUAGAAGUUCACGCAGUCAUCCCGGAGGCAUGAGCACGAGUGGUACAAUGACUAGUCAAGGUCUCUCAAAUCUCUUAUAUCCACCAGGUUCCAACAUCCAAACCGGCCGGCUAAUAGGUACUAAUGUUGGCGAUCUUAAGUAUAUUGAUGAAGAUCAAAGACUUCAUAAUAAUCAGCAUAUUAUAGAGAAAUUCGCGGUAUGGACAAAAUCGACAACAGUCUAAAAUCAGAUUCCUUCCUUUGCUCUUGAAUGUAUAACAUGAUGAGAUGAGGAGAUGAGUUAACCCUGAGACAGAAUGAGCUGAGAACAGUAGAAGGGAGUAAACAAUUCGAACAAAAACUCACACAUAAACACACACACAUACACUCAGGGUGUGGGUGAACCGCGUUGUAGAAAGCUUUGUGUGUCACACGGGUGGUGGCGUCGCGCGAUCCAUUUAAACCGAGAUAGAUCACGCGCCGAUCGUCCUAGGUCGUCGCCGAACAUGUUGGCUAGGAGACAGUGAGGAAGCGUUACUAGACACAGAAACACACAGAGAAAUACACAAACACACACGGUACCUUAGAGCGCGAGCGCGCAUGGCUCUAAAUGAUGCUUCAGCUGUAUAGAAACAAUGCACUGGUAGUGGCGGCCGAACUACUGUUGUACAGGUGCAAUCCCCACGACCGCUGCCGCAGUCGUAUUUAAAAAGAACCAAAAACAAACCAUAUUAGUAAGGCAGAAGCAGUACACUGCAUCAAGGGGAUGAGCAGAGGCAGCGGGGCACAGCAACAGCAGCAGCGGCAAGUAUCAGCAGUAUCAGCAACAGCAGCAGUAACAACAGAAGGCAAAGUUUAAUAGUUUUAUAAUGAAAAACAUACACACACAAUGAUUCCACUGCGAGACCUAGAGCCAGUAGAAAGUGAACGCGCAUCUUCUCCAUUUCGCGGAACAGGAAACUAGGAUAAGGCCAUGCGCGCGUGCCGCACUUGCGUUCUUGAUUGCUCCGAUGAUCGAUGGUCGUUGUUGUUGGCGCACGCUUCGAUAUUUGCUCCCUGCGAUCGUAACCGCCUCUGCGUGUCACUUUAUCGAGCUUUUGCGGCACGACGAACCACGUACGACGGUGUCACAGACGGAGAGCAGUGCGCGUUCCAGUUAAAACAGCCGGCAGUUGCGAUAGAAAACAGUGCGUAAGGAAACCAAAAGGUAUCCUAACCGAUCGUUUUGGUAGCGAAAGUGUUGAGCAAUAGCAACUUAAAAUGAAGAAGUAAACAAAAAAUAGUACGAAAAGAGAUAGUUAAAUGCACGGAUUCGUUUGAAGCAGAUGCAUUAAAUUGUUAUCAGCAUGAACAAAAAAUCACAAACAAACAAAACAAAGCUGAAGAAAAUGAAAAAAAGCAGAACAUAGCGAACAUAACAAUUUAAUUUAAACGAAACAAAACAUGUGCAAAAAACGAUGAACACAGAACAAUUUAUCGAGAGAGUAUUAUUGUGUACCGUUUGAUGUUUUUGUUCGAACACGUGUGUAGGCUAAUGGAAAAAUUAAUUAUACAAGAAAGGAAAAAGUUCUAUGUUACACAUCUUAUUAUUAAUGAAACAAACAAACAAAAAAAAACGUCACGAUACGGGGCGCGAACGUCACAGGACAACCACUAAAGCAAGGACGAUGGAAAAUGUCGAAAGAGUGUAUAGAAAAAGAGUGUUGAGGAAGAUUUGAAUGCUGAUGAGAAGAGCGUUGAUACGCAAAGAAAGGAACUCUCUGUCAGGUGGUAGAAAUAAUCAAGGACACAAAAACACGUACACAUGUGCACUCUUUCACACGCACAUACACAAAUACACACACACAUACAUUGAUGAAUCAAAAAUCGAAUCGAUUGAUAGUUAAGCAAGAUUCACUCCUUCCCUCCUCACACACUCUUCCCCCAUUUGCUAUCUAGGAUUAGUACUAGUGCACUACUAACUUAUUUUAAAUAUAAAACCCCCCAUCAAAUGCGACAGACUAGUUAAGCGGAAAAGAAGAAGAAUAAGAAUAGAACGGAAAAAUCCAUUGGGAAACAAAAGAAGCAAUCAAAGUUGACUCGUUUUUGGAUAGAAAGAGAGAGAGAGGUGAAAAUUACGAAUUAAAUAGUAGGCAAGGAAGCUAAGAGUCCGUUUCGCAACAUUCACAUACGGGUUUUUGAGAAGCUAGGUACAGUUUUCGGUUCCGGUCCGGCACCAGUGUUUCGGUCGGUGAAUGGUGAACGGUUUUCAGUUUUGGCACACCUACCAUCUUAAUGUGGCCCGAGCAAAGCAUUGAAAGCAGAAGAAAUGAAGCACUUUCGCGAGCAAUCGGCAGACACUGGCGAAGAGGAGAAGCGCGUUGUGUGAGGUCACAUUCGGGAACGGAUGCGGGUGAGCACAGUGGUACAACCAAGAGCAACGGUAGGAACAACACACCGGAGGGAUACCUUUUGAUUGGGUAGUAGAAGAGGGACCGUGCAGUAGUAGAGUGUGGAAUUGGACCAGACAAUUGGAUAACAGGACCUUUAUCCUUCUGCCACUUUUUCCCCUCUCCUGUGUAUAUCCGUCGAUGAAGAGGGAAGCGAUACGGCUGGAUAGCAGCAAACGGUUGAAAGUGCAGCGUGGAUUGUGGCGUGUUUAGCACGAGAGAGAGAGAGAGAUAAGAGAGAAGAUCUGUGAUAGUUUGUGCGUGGUGCUGCCAGGUGAAAUGGUCUGCAUGCUGGAAUGUCGUGAUCAGUUGUGCGCGUUGAAUUGCGGGUGUUUGUCGCUUCCCCGUUUGAAAGUUGGACCAUUUUGUUUGCAAUGACUUUGUCGUUUCGUCUGUCUGAUGGUGGUGGAAUCGCACGCUCUCGAGGAUUGAGCUAGAAAUGACCCCACCAUCCCAUAUGUAAUCCCAUUUCGGAUGUAACUCUGCGCCGAUGGUUUAAUGUCGUCAAAAUAUGCUGUUUAGUUAACAUUAGACUGUUGUUGCUAUCAUUCUGCUUUUUCGGACAGCAUCGAUCAGAGAUCAAAUCUCAAAAGAUUCUGUCGUUUUAGCUAUAUGAGCGAGUGACGUCAUCGGACAUUUCAUGCCUCUCAGACUUCAGAGUUCGAAGAACUACCUGGAAGAAGAGUUGGUUCAUUAUGUUCAAACGCCAUAUUUCGGCCGACUUUGAUUGCUUGGGACAGAGUUGCAACAAAUGUGGUAACACCUUGAGCGCUACGUGUGUGUUGAAAUGUGUGUGUGUGUGUGUGUGUGUGCGCGUGAGAAUCAUUGUGCGUGCGUGCGUGUGUGUGUGUGUGAGAGAGAGAGAGAGAGAGAGAGAGACGGAGUGUUUGUAAGCGUCGAAAGCAUGUUAGUUACAGUUUCUUCGAAACAAUCGUUGCCCGUUCUCGGUUUUUGUGUUUCAUUAGGAUUAGGAGCGAGUGUCUCCGGUUCGUUCUGUUCAGUAGCCAGGAGAGAGGAGUAAUAGUGAUAAGUAUACAGUAGUAGCCUUUUAAGAAAGUAAACCGGCCGCACUCGGUCAUACUUUCUGUCGUCCCACCCCCCACGCAGCUUCCCCACGGGAGUGCGCGAGCGCGCGCGGGAUGGGAAAGCGGGAAUCGGAAGCUCGGGAGGAUCGUUCGGAAGCAAACACUACCAGUUACACUUAAAGUGACAAAUUUCUAUUUCUAUAAGUAAGAGAUACAGCACUUUACUUAGUGAUAGCAUAAGUAUAAAGUACACAGAUACACACACACACAAACAUACUAUAACAAUCUAGUGCAAUACACAAGAUAUCGAGACAGUGGAGUGGAUACCAGCUGGAAAAGAAGGCAAAACUCGAAAGAGAAGAUAAUUAAUCAUAUAAAACAACAGCCACACUACACCCAACCAACCAACCCGUGUACGUACGUUGACGUUUAUUACAAUUGCACAGAGUUUUGUUUAUAAAAAUUUGAACGACCGAUCGCACGCGAUCGCAGCUAGUCCAUACAACGCGACCGAAGGAAGCAAAGCGAUAUACACGUGGCCAGUAAAGUUUAUUGUGCAUGUGUGCAUGUGUUGCAGAUCGACUAAAACACCGGCUUCGCACCAUGCAGUAUGUCGAAAUUGUUACCGAAAACCAAAACAAAACAAAACAAAAAUGUGUGCGUAUUAGAGCGAGCGAACGUGUGUUGAAUACCACAAACAACCAAAACGGAGCCAACCAAAUGAUAAAAUAAAAUAAAACUAAAAUAAAAGUAAAGUUAUCCUCCUUCGCAAUAAAGGAAACCAAAAACACACCCACGCCCUUAAAAAGUUAUCAUGUAACAUCUUACAACGGCAACAACACCCGAAACUUGAAUGGGGGAAACAAACUAAAAAAAAAAAUAAUGCAAAACCAGAACUUACCGAAAACAAAAAAAUAACCAACCAACCAAACAAACAGUGGAAAAGUUGACCGCAACAUCGUUUGAAUGUAGUUAAUUGCAGUAAAUAAAGGCAUUUUAAUGACAACAAGUUUCGAUUCUCGAUUCUUUAACGCUAGCAAAUCGAAAAGGAGGGGCUAAUGGUAGUGAACAAGGAGAAUUACCGUGUUGCAAGUGAAAUAUUUCAAGUACUAGAUCCGAGAUAGUAUCUACAAUAGUUUAAUAACACUCGGUAGUGACCAGUGUGUUGCGCAUGACACACAGACGGAGUUGUGCGAUGGGUAAUACAAGGAGGUAGGAGGAGUCGUAAUCAUUUGUUUGGGGAAAUAUGAACAUUCGGAUGAGCUAAUUAAAACCCAUGCACACUUACCAAAAACAUGCAAAACGAAAGCGUUCUGGUAACAGUGAACAAACGCACUAUGGAAGCAAACUAGCACGUACUUGAAAUAAAAAAUUAAAACAAAGCAAACAAAAAAAAUAAGAAAACUUACAUGAUGUAAGUAAAGAAAGCGUAACACCAAAGUCAAAGAACUUAAACCAACUCGAUGAUACAUCCCUUUCCCAUCCGCACCGCGGCAUAACGCCAUCCUCCGAAGUGAGGUGUCCUGUACGAGCGGACUUUAAGCAUCUGUUCUUCUUUCAUCCCAUUAUAAAUGGCGUCGCUUACGAUAUAUCAGUAGAGUAUUCCGAUACUGUAGUUUUCUGGUCUGGAUUAAUGGGAACAAAGAUUUAGUUACUUUGUCAUCCACUUUCUUCACUCUCCCUCAAGUGCUGCUCACAAUCUAUGUGUUCUCCCUUUUGCGCAAAUGUACAUCUCGCUGUGAAGCAAAGAAACCCCAUUGACCUCAUUUUGGUUCCGAUUCUUCGAUGGUCCCCUAAAACAAUUUCCCAUUUUUGUGACAUUGCGUCAUAAGUGGCAGCAUUGUACAAUGUCUUUUUGUUUUUGCUACUUCUUCUUCCAGUAUAUGGGAUAUGGCUCUUACGAAAUAAGAUUGUAAUGUAAAAUAUUCGCACUCGCGGUUAGUCAAGAAAGUAUUAAAGGGGCAUAUUUACUUACAUAGUAUAGAUAAAUAAAAAAAAAAAAAACACUCGGGGCUGUAAUGCAGAACUCGGGCCUCGGUGUCACUCGUCUCGGUAGAGAUAACCAAACGGAGCGGAACUCAGCCAGGGGUUUGGAGAAGCAAGUGGGGGUUGGGAGCGAUAAGAAGCAAUUAGUGACAUUAUUAGUAGUAGUCGUACGGUAAUACUAUUUAUUAUGACGUUUCUGACGUUUGUUUAUUGCGUGUGUGUUCCACAGCAACCUUGGCUUAUCUCUCCCCCCUCCCAGCCACACUGUACUCUUUCGAUCGGUAGAGGGGAGAAAAGCAUUGUUUACUUAGGAAUCGUUAGCACAUUGGUGCGUUACUGUUCGUUACCCGUUUUGGAUGCGUUACGUUGGUUAAGUUAUGUUUAAGGGAAGCGGUGUUCACGCCCUCUUACUAUUUAGACGAUUGUGUUUCGCGCAUGUAUUGUUAGAGUUUUGUUCAGUAGAAGUGAAAAUAACAACAGCAAACAUACACACAUUCUACCCGGUAUGCGUACUCAAUAAAUGGUAUGCGGUGUGUCGAUAAAGUGGACACUACUGUACGUUUACCACUCACCACAUCCAGCCACAUCCAGCGCGCAUAAAUGCGUUUUCAGUUGUAACACUUCAUAACAGUUAUAACAUUAAACUCUAGAGUAUCUAGAUGUGGAGCAAUGGUGCGUACGAGGCGUAAUUCGAGAUAAACGAUAAAAAGGGCUAAAACAAAAAUGAUAUCUACGAAUGUAGAAAUAACAAACAAGUGGAGGUGCAAACCAUACCAGAGGAAGAUUUUAUCGAGGCGAAAAAGCAACUGAAAAAAAAACAAUAACCAUAAGCCAGCGUACCAAAUACAACCGCAAGCAAUGAAACAGUACGUUGUAAUUGCACUACUUGAUAUGUAGAUGUUCCUCUCAGUUUGCCUUUUCAUUGAGCUAGGACAAUGACUUAUAAACACUUUAUCCGAGCGACACUACCAUAAUAUGUGUACAAUUGGUGCGUUACUCAGAUGUUUACAAACCGUUUGGUUCAAAAUCAUGGCGAGUGAAUGCGUUUCUACGGGGAAUUAUAUUCCCAGAUAUUCCCUUCCCUAUGUUAGACACUUUCAUUUACCGCUGGUUUUCUAGAGGCACGGUGACAUUUAUUGUGAUUUUGUAAUGAUUUCGAGGAAGUUUCUUAACUGUAUUCGACCGAUUAGGACUACUAUGCUGAGUUUAAUCAUGCGCCUCUAUUGUAAUAUCUCAUCCGCUGUUGUAGUAAUGCUUUUGUUUCAUAAAACCAUGCAAAUUAAUCCUUGUUGUCACCACGGAGUUCGAGGUAACAUGACUUAAUGUCAAUGAGGAUUGCCAACUGUGUUAGUUACCGUUGCAGAUAUGUAGAUUGAGAAUAUUAGUAUUUGAUUUAAUGUUGGUUAAUGUCAGAUUUUAUUAGACAUUUUAUACAUUACGAGGAACUUAAUGCUCCUGUAAACUUUUGGCGCUCACCGUGCCUUUACCAUGCGCUAUAUUGACGACUGCCGACAGUGUCGUUUUCAGAUAAUUUCUUAUAAUUGUUUACGUUGUAAAAUCUUCCAGAGGACCGAUUUUUUAACAACCAAUAGUGAUCGCUACCCUACUCCACCAUCGCCUUUUUCUUCCUUCCCCACCUUCUGGGUUCGAUAGUCCCCGAGCUGUCUGCUUCCCGGUAUAAAUGAGGAAGUCCUCCACCCCCCCGUGGCAGAAAAUUCGUACUGUCGAUAUAUAGUUAAAAGUUAAAAAAAAAAAAACAAAAUCAAGCUUUAACGAGUAGAGAACACUAAAUAACCCAGCUCUCCUCUCGACACUCUCGAACUGUAAAUCUCUCUUGUACGUUAGUGUAUGUGUGUAUAUCCUCCCUAGCCGGUCAGUCGUGCCAGUCCCUAUCUCCCCGCCGGAGUGUCCUCGAACACUUCAGUACCCCCGAUUCUUCCUCCAAAAUUUGUUCACUUUCUUGUCGUGUCUUAUGUUAGAAUUAAAAAAAAGAGAGAAAAAUGUUAAUAAGAUGUUUUCCUUCCACUAGCUUUUGGGAUGCGGUACAGAGGACGUGUGUGUGUGUAUGUGUGCUCCCAUUUAGCUACUGGUCACUAAAAGCCUUCGAAACUAAAACAAUCCCUUGGUGCUGGUGCACAACAAAAAAGAGUGGAAAACAGUAAUAAGAACAGGGCGGUACACAGGCUGGCAAUACAGAAGUUGUUUCAAACCGCAGAAAUAACAUCGCAAAGUAAGAGGCACACAUGUGUUAAACCGCACGUGGCGAGAACAAACACAUGCAAGAAUUUCACAUGUUUUCUCUGGUUUAAGUUUGUAUCAUAGGAAUAGAAGAGUAAUUAAAUAAACAAAACACAGAAGAAAAAACAACCAAAUCACAUUCAAAACGUAUGUAUAUCUUUAAACAAAACGGAUACGAUAUUAAGUUAGGGUUUAGCAAGGGAAACAUGACAUAACACUCACUCACACCUGGACACAUUGACACACAAAAACCUUGUUACAAAAUAAAGCUAUGAAUGAUAAAAAAAAAAAAACAGAAACACACACGCCUGUUUGUGUGUCAGUGUAAGUGUUUGUAUUCAAAUCCGAGUGAAGAUAUCUACUUAGAAUUGAACGUCUUGUUGCAAGGCGCGUUUGUCCGCACAUCUAGGAGAUGUUGAUGUUUUGCUUUCCUUCGUCCUUUCUCUAUAUAACAGGAUCGUUGUGCAUGCAAGUGGAUAUAGGUGGUAUAUCUUCGAAUGGAUUUUACACACAAACAUAUACACAAACACAUGUACUUACAAAAAAAAACAGACAUUAUACACCUUCUUAAAAUAAACACCUCUACUUAAGACCAUCCCUUGAGAGCUUGUUUGUUUUAGCGUGUGUGAGGAAGUGUGGUGAAACAUUUAAUAAACGCCAAAGUGUUGCUCGAACUUUACCAAAGCGCAAGCGAUAGUAAUGCAAAGAAUGAGUCUUAUUAGUGUAUUAGUAACACAGCAACGCGGGAACAGUCAUAUGCAAUUUAGCCUGCGUUUCGGAUAAGGGCUAAAAAACAUAAUAAGACACAACACUUAACGGUAAACAGUGCAUACACUUACAUAUUACACAAAAAAACCCAGGGAAUGUAAGAUAGAGCUCCCCCCCCCUUCCCCCCUUUAAAAACAGGAAAGAAUGAAAAAGAGAUUGUAACCCACCCUAUAUGAAAAACAAUUUUUAAACGGAAUACGUUUUACCUCUUGUUCUGUUGAGCGAAAAGUGCGCUGCAACAAUGUAGAAAAGGUAACAAGAUAAUAACAAGAAAGCAUAUAUUUGAAUGUUCUUGUUUCUUGAAGUACUAUCAUAUUCUAUCUUUAUCUUUCCUCUUUUUUGCAUUUCAUUAUCAAAUUAGAAGUGUUUAUUUAUUCAGCGUGUUAGUUUGAGCCUUCUCGUAACCUUUUUGGAGCGUUUUUGAGAGAGAAAAAAAACACUCAUCACAAAAUUUAACAGCGUAGGAAUUCCUUUCAACAUUUAACAAACUAAAUCAAACUUCACACGAAGGAACCAAAACUAUAAAUGAAAAAAUGAGACAAAAAAAAAACAAAAAUAAAUUUAAGAACAACGCUCGAAGAGUUAGAAGAGAACAAAGAUAGUAAGAAUGGUUAUAUCUAGUCUAAACUAAUAGUAGUUCAUAAAGGAAUACACACAAACACACAAUAUAAGAUACGAUUUAAUUCAUCCACAAAAAAAAGUUAGCGAAAUUUAAACACAAAAGUUAAUAAAGCAAAUAGAAGUGACAGUGAAAAAAGUUCUAAAAAGCACUAACAACACGUGCAAAACCAAGCGAUACAGAGGACGAUGAUAAUAAAGAGAGGAAAAAUCUUUUAAAAAUAACCAUACCAACUCAAUGAUGCGACAUUAGGCAUCUGGGCUUGGUUAAAAUGACAGUUUACGGAUUGCAGUUCACCCAGCACUAUUACCGAGUACCAAGGGGUGUAGUAUUAUCGACACUCGGACAUUGCAACUGGAUGGCUUCGAGACGAUGUACAUUCAACCGGCAACAACAUGCGAUCUCCUCUCACAUUCGCCAUUUGCAUUCGCGGUUUUAGUACGUUAGGGCGAUGAUUGCGUACUAUGUAUCAUUGCACACAAGACGAAUUAAAUAACUUCUACCCAUACUGAGUAAUAAGUAAUACAAGUAAAGUUUAAACGGAACACCGCACAUAAACACCUCAUUAACACGGACGAAAGCAGAAUAGAAACAUCUGCAAAAGAAGGUAAAUGUGAAAUGGGAAAACUUACGUGCGCAAUAACAACAAAUCGUUUCGUUCUUCAAACAACUCGAACAAAAUAAAAAUGAUAUGAAAACUUA